CCACAUCUCCAUCUCCACAAGUCCCUAUUACCUAAAUCGCGAGCUCCAUUUGGGCUCGGAAGUUCUACCGACACCUCAACCUUUUUUUAUAUGACAGCAAAAUCGGGGAAGCAUUUAUCGUUUUCUCAAUCUCAAUCGUCUCACAAUCGCAAUCGUAAUCGGGCGACGUUUGAAUUGCGAUAAAGCUUCAUGUGAAAUAAAUGGGAGCUAUUUUUUCUUGCUCCUCCUAGUCUCGACUCCGGUUGACUCUUCAAGUCUUGAGCAUAAGAUCUCGGCAUUUCUUCCGACGUCCUAGGGUCCCUGUCAUUCACCUCUCACUUGUCAAUUUUGGGCUGUUACAUUAACGCUGAAAUCUCAUCAGAACCAUUCGCGAGAUCGUGAAUUGAACUAGCACUAAUUGAAGAUCGCCCAUCUCGAAUUGGAGGCUCGCCUUUUUUUUUUUCUUAGAUACGACCGCUACGUUGGAUUGCCACCACCUUUAGGGCGCAUGGGAUCCUCAAUGAUGUUAAACGGGUCAGAUCCCACUGCUUUUACAGCAGACGCAUCAAGUCGACUUAAUCAUUAUUUCCAAGUUGAUAAGGAGAGGCAAACUUUCAUCCACAAUAUCCUCGAAAGAGUCGAGGCUGAUGCUAAGAAGAUUAAUGAACUCGAACUAGACCUAGAAGAUCAAAAGACUUCUCGGGCUAAUUACCAAUCAAAGGCUAUUAAUCUUGAGAAUGAAGUGCGAAGACUCGCGCAACAGCUUGAUAAGGAUUCAUUCGUGGUUGUGCUUAUUGAUGGCGAUGGGGCUAAGUUUGCAGACGAAUAUCUGCGUGACCCCGUUGCAGGGGCUGAGAGAGCUGCGAUAAAACUGAAGCAAGCUGUCCGCGAGAGUCUUAGAGACACAGGAGCCGACCUGGAAGACAUUCCUAUUCUUGUUCGAGUCUAUGCAAACCUGAUGGACUUGUCUAAGUCAUUACGCUUGUCUCGAGUUAUUGAUUAUGACGACGACAUGCGCUUGUUCGCAGAGCGUUUCACCAACAGUCGUGCGGAAUUUGACUUCGUUAAUGUCGGCAAAGGCAAAGAGAACGCGGACUCUAAGAUUAGACGUAUGCUUAACCACUACUACAGAAAUAUCCAGUGCAAGAAAAUAUUCCUUGCUGGAUGUUGUCAUGAUAAUGGUUAUCUACACGAUCUUCGCGACUAUACGGGGGCCGUCGAUAAUAGACUCGUGCUUCUAGAGACUACGCAUGCCGAGCCUGGUUUUAGGUCUCUUGGCUUUCCUAUCUUACGUUUCGAUGAGGUUUUUAGGUCAGAACCCUUGGGGAAUGAGACAAAGCAUAUUCUUCCGACUAUGCCUCCUAGACCUCGUUCACCCGUGCAGCCUUCUCCUGGACCGGGUCCGAUUGCUCGGCCUACGCAGCCUGCGCCGCCUACGCAGCCUACGCCGAAGCAGACUAUGGUCGUCUCGCCUAUACAAGAGCAACGACAAUCUCCCGCACCUACAUCUACUCCGGUGUCUGUUAGCACAUCGUCGCCAAUACUACCUUCUUCUACACCUGAGCAACAACCUAAUCAGCCACCUCGCACGUCGAGUGUAAUUAGCUCUGGAAAUGGCGGUACCUCGAUCAGCUACGCAACGGCAGGCGGUGUCAACGACCUUCAAAAUGUCACGGUUAAAGCACCCAAACCAAAGAAACAGCCAAGGGUUUUAUUUUAUAAUAUGGAUAACUACCGUAUUGAUUCGCCCACGCAGCAUCCACCUAGGACCCCUGCGCAAUCGUCUUACCAGGCGAAAUUCCAGGCCAUCAAGCCAUCCGUUUUCUGUAACGACUUUUACCUCAAGGGUCGCUGUAAGUGGGGCCUCAGUUGCGACAAGACCCACGACGCUGAGUUAACCGGACCGGAACUUGCCAUUCACCGCUACAAAGCUCGAACUAGCUUAUGCCCGGCCGGUCCAUAUUGCGUCGACUACGACUGCUAUUUGUCCCAUCACUGCCCUCGAGCGCCUUGUACUCGUGGAGAUAUGUGCCCGUUCUAUGAUACCGAAAAGUGGGGAGAUUUGCAUCUGACUAAGGACCAACUCCAACCCGCGACUCGGUGGACGGAGGGCAUUGAUCUUCCCGAGCAUAUCUAACCUAAGCAUCUUAGGCGACGGAGACGCGAAAAAACGACAUCUUAAUCGGUUUUCGUUUUUACUGUUAUGUUAAAAUUUAAAAUACAAGAGAACAGAAAAGGGUGGAAAUCUGUUCUAGUAAAGUGUAGGGGUCGGCUAUUGUGGCUUGAGAUAUAUAUAUUUUUGGGGGAUCUGUACUCCCUUUUUUUUCACCCCCCUGAACAGAGAAGAAACAUGGGCUGGGGGGUUAGAUAGGAUGAUGUUGGGGUUUUUACGAGGAACUACGAUAUGACCCCAUGGUCAGUUCUCUUUAUCGGCUAGCUGGGUAGCUACGCCGCUUAUUACAAAUUGGCAAACCCUGAAUUAAACGCUCAUUUACAUUUA